AUGCCUUUCGCUAUCAACCUCCUCUGGUCAGCACCAGAGGUCAACCCCUACAAUCAAAAGGCCAGGUCGAUCCCUGUACUCAACCCAAUCAACAAGUAUGGGCGGGUCUUCUUCUUCUCUUACCUGGGCUUCUUCAUCGCGUUCUGGUCAUGGUACGCGUUUCCGCCUCUGCUGAGCAAGAGUAUCAAGGCGGAUAUGCACCUCACCCAGGACCAGAUUGCAAACUCCAACAUUGUGGCGCUCUGCGCCACAUUGCUGGUUCGCUUCAUUGCUGGACCCAUGUGCGAUCACAUUGGCCCUCGCAAGACUUUUGCGGUACUGCUAUUUGCUGGCGCUAUCCCUACUGCCCUUGCUGGUACUGCCACCAAUGCCACAGGUCUCUACUUUAUCCGCUUCUUUGUCGGUAUCCUUGGUGGUACUUUUGUGCCUUGUCAAGUCUGGAGUACUGGUUUCUUCGACAAAAAUGUCGUCGGAACUGCCAACGCAUUGGUUGGUGGUUGGGGCAACUCUGGCGGUGGUAUUACAUACUUUGUUAUGCCAGCCAUUUACGAUUCCCUGAAGAAAGACCAAGGCUUGUCCUCGCACGUCGCUUGGCGCAUCUCUUUCAUCGUUCCAUUUAUUAUGAUUACUGCUUGUGCUCUGAGCCUCCUGCUCUUGACUGACGACACUCCCAACGGGAAAUGGUCUGAACGCGGGGUGAAAGUCGUGUCCAGUGACCAAGCACAGUCAUCCGUCGUACCUACAACGGGUGCGAUUGACGAGAAACCUACCGCCGCUAGCUCCAUAGCUUCCAACGACGAGAAAAAACAACGACAACCUUCCGCGGAUAUCGAGGCCGGACGUGGAGAUGUCCAAGUCAUCGACGAAGCCCAACACGAAGUCAUCGUCAAGCCCACUUUCAAGGAAGCUAUGAAAGUCAUGUUCUCCCUUCAGACCGCCUCGCUCUGCGCGGGCUAUUUCUGUUCCUUUGGCGGCGAAUUAGCCAUCAACUCUAUCCUCGGCGCCUACUACCUCAAGAACUUCCCAUACCUCGGCCAGACGCAAUCCGGCCGAUGGGCUGCCAUGUUCGGUCUAUUGAACAUCGUCACACGUCCUCUCGGUGGCGUAAUUGCUGACUACAUCUACAAAGUCACCGGGCAUAACCUUUGGGCCAAGAAGUUCUGGAUUCACUUCGUCGGUGUCAUGUCGGGUGUCCUGUGUAUUGUCAUUGGAAAGGUGGAUCCCAAGAACUUGGAUGAGAUGAUUGGACUCAUUGCUGUCAUGGCCAUCUUCCUCGAAGCUGGCAACGGUGCUAACUUCGCUCUGGUACCGCAUGUUCACCCUCAUGCUAAUGGUGUUCUUUCUGGUAUCGUUGGUGCGACCGGCAACUUUGGUGGCAUCAUCUUCGCCAUCAUCUUCCGCUACCAUAAGACGGAUUACGCAAAAGUCUUCUGGAUCAUUGGCAUAAUGAUCAUCGCGCUCAACUGCAUCUUCCUAUGGGUCAGGCCCAUUCCGAAGAACCAGAUUGGUGGUCGAUAA